AUGAUAGAAGUAACAAAAAAACUUAUUAGUGGCGGAGCUAUUAGCAAAGAAUUAUUUGAGAAACUCAUACAAAUUCCUAGAGUGCAAAAAGCAAGAAAUAGUUUAAAAGAGUUUAAAAUGAAUGCUUUAGAUCCAGAUAAAGAUGUUAAAUUGCGCCAUUAUAGCCCUCAUACAUUUGCUAUGAACCGCUACGAUAGAGAAAUGCAACAAGUGUCCAAAGAAAAAGGCAACUUUAAAAAAUAA